AUUUUAGUAGUAGUUUUCUGAAAUUCAUUCAAAAUUCAUUGGAAAGUGCAAAACGAAACACAGAUCUUCGUCCGAAAUCCGAAUUAUGAAUUGGUAAAUUUUGGUUUCUGAAAUUCUGCAACACUGGAAGCGAAUCAAAACAAAAUUUUAAACAAAAUUUCUUAUCAAAGUUUGAAAGUUCGAAGCAAACUUAAAAAGCGCUGAAAAACACCGGUAAAAUUUUGAAUCAGAAACAUAAGAAAGUUGAAAUGGAAAUUCUAAAAUGAGAACAGUUCAUUACUUUUGUUUUAUUUCAUUUCUUUUUUUCAUUCAUUCAACCACGUGUUCUAUAAAUGAUGAAAACAGCUAUAUCGACGAGUUGAAAUUCGAAGAAGAAAUUCACAACGUUUGGUCACAAUUCGAUAGUAAUCUUCUCGAUGAGAUAUUGAAAAGCCAGCAGAAGUACAAUGAGACGCCGGUGAAUGUUCAAAAGUCUUUCGAACAGAUAAUCAAAAAAGACUUGAAACCUUUCAACAGGAAUAAAAUUUCAUCGAAGCUUUUGAAAUCUGCAUCUUCGUAUGGCACUGUGUACCAACUCGUUAAUCAUUCUUUAUACCGAAGUAAAGAAUGUAUGUUUCCCUCUCGUUGCGAAGGAGUUGAACAUUUUUUACUGAAGCUGACGAACUUGACUGAUUUUGAAAUCGUUGUUAAUACUAGAGAUUAUCCUCAAAGUUAUGAAUCUUUUUCCACAGCCUUACCCAUUUUUUCUUUCAGCAAAACCACAGAAUAUGUCGAUAUUAUGUACCCUGCGUGGAGCUUUUGGUGCGGUGGACCUGCGAUAAAAUUACAUCCUACCGGAAUCGGUCGAUGGGAUAAGGCACGAAAAUCAUUGAUUCAAGAAAUGAAAAAAUGGCCUUGGGAGAAAAAAAUUACAAGAGCUUUUUUUAGAGGUUCGCGAACCAGCAGUGAGAGGGAUGAGUUGAUUCUACUCUCCAGAGAAUUCCCCAACUUGGCUGAUGCUGCCUAUACUAAAAACCAGGCGUGGAAAUCUGAAAAAGAUACUUUGAAUGCGCAACCGGCAGAUGAAGUGUCCUUCGAAGAACAUUGCCGAUUCAAGUAUUUAUUCAAUUUUCGAGGAGUCGCCGCUAGUUUUCGUUUCAAACAUUUAUUUCUUUGUAAAUCUUUGGUAUUCCAUGUUGGAAAUGAAUGGAUCGAGUAUUUUUACCCUUUGAUGAAACCAUGGGUUCAUUAUGUACCUAUCAAAAGCGAUUACAAUAGAAAAGACAUAAAAAAUAUUCUGGAGUUCUUCGUGAAACACGAUGACUUGGCUGAAAAAAUCGCUAAUAAUGGUUAUCAAUUCGUGAGAGAUCAUUUGAAAAUGUCUAAUGUCACCUGGUACUGGAGGACGCUUUUAGAGAACUACAUCAAAUUGCAGAGUUAUAAGCCUUCUUUGAAUCACUCGUUCAAACGUAUAUCGUGAUCGAAGUCAUCAACGGUUGAUUUUAUCGAAAAAUUAUUUGAACAACAGCCACUGAAUGUGAAGAGAAUGAAGAGUAUUUUGAUAUGUACGGGAUCGCUUAUCGUUGAAAUGAGCGAGAUGGUUGAUGAAGUCCGGUAAAUCGUGUUAAUGGAGAGAAUAAAAAAUGAUAUUCUUUAAUUGAGAGAACAUUUGUAAUAAAUUAUUUUUAAAACAACUAUUGAAAGUUCAAACAUAUAAAAUGAUAAUCACAGACAACAUAAUCUGGUAUAAAAAAAAAAAUUAAAAUAUUUUUCAAUUGAGAGACAUUUGUAAUAAAAUAUUUUUAAAACAACUUUGAAAAUUCAAACAUUAAAAAUAAUAAUCACAGGCAACAUAAUCUGGUAUAAAAAAAAUAAUAAUAUUAAAAGGGACUAGGUAUAAAUUUACAUUCGUGUUUCAUAUAAAUGCUUUAAGCUUAAUUUAAGAUAUCAAAUCAGUACAUCGAAAUUAAAAAAAUCUAAUUUUUUAUGUUUUAGUUGCUUUGUUGCGUUUUCCAUGAACUUCCACAAAUAAAUCGUUUCAUCGGUACCA